UUUGGCUGGCUAAGAAUUAACAUACAGUUGUAGCUGGGAGUGGAAGAAAAGACACAUUCAGUAUUUUAGCAGGUUCCUGUGAUUCUAAGGCAAUAGAAACUAGACAAAGGAUUGUCUUUGCAGGUUUUUUUCCCUCCUCCUGGUUUAUUCAUUUCUCCACAGUGACGUUUUUUGAUGGUAAAUGAUCUCUACUAAUAUUGCAAAGGGUUUUCCAGCUGGAGAUUCAGUGACUGGUUCAUCAUGCCUAGUGGCAUAUAAAAAGACACCUCCCCCCGUCCCACCUCGGACCACCUCAAAGCCGUUCAUCUCUGUCACCGUGCAGAGCAGCACCGAAUCAGCCCAGGACACCUACCUGGAUAGCCAGGACCACAAGAGCGAAGUCAACAGCCAGUCGGGACUGAGUAAUUCUUCAGACAGCUUAGACAGUACCAGAACACCCAGUGUGACAAGAGGCAGCCUUGUGACUCCAGCCAGAGAUGCUCCAGAGUUACCCCAGAAAAAUGCAACCUUGAAAAGUGACAAAGGAACUCUGACAAGUGAAGAGCCGAAGGUGGAGAAUAUCCCCAAAAGGAAGCUGUCGUCUAUAGGAAUACAAGUUGACUGCCUUCAGCCAGUGGCAAAGGAGGAGCCCCCUACGCCAACCACCAAAUUCCAGUCCAUCGGGGUACAGGUAGAGGACGAGUGGCGAAACAACCACUCUCGCAGUAUGUCCUCCAAACAGGACGCCGAUUCCGACGCACAGGAACCGAAUCACUCAAACUGUAAAUCGUCUGAGAGAAGCCUUGCUGAUUGUCCCCCGCGCUACAACUCUGUCAGUGUUGAUGCCAGUACUAGGCAACCAGCCAAGCCCUCCCAGUUCAAGAGAAAUCUCUCCUAUGGAGAUAGCAGUGACCCAGCCCUAGAGCCUUCCUCUCUCCCUCCUCCGGACCCUUGGCUCGAGACAUCCUCCAACUCCCCUUCAGAACCAACACAACCAGGAGCCUGCAGGCGGGACGGGUACUGGUUUCUGAAACUGCUACAGGCAGAAACAGAAAGGUUAGAAGGAUGGUGCCGUCAGAUGGACCAGGAGACCAAAGAGAACAACCUCUCUGAAGAAGUUUUAGGAAAAGUCCUCAGCGCAGUGGGCAGCGCACAGUUACUCAUGUCACAAAAGUUCCAGCAGUUCCGGGGCCUCUGUGAGCAAAACUUGAACCCCAAUGCCAAUCCCAGACCCACAGCCCAGGACCUAGCUGGGUUUUGGGAUCUCUUGCAGUUGUCCAUUGAAGACAUCAGCAUGAAAUUUGAUGAGCUCUACCACCUAAAGGCUAACAGCUGGCAACUGGCAGAAACACCGGAGAAGAAGUCUCUUAAAGGAAGAGAAGAAACCACCCCCUCCAGUGCCAAAGAAGCCAGCCAAGCCCAAAACCCCACUGAACCGGGACAAAGCCUCUGAUUCUGUGGAUAAGCAGCGCCAGGAAGCUCGCAAGCGUCUCAUGGCAGCCAAGCGGGCUGCCUCUGUCCGGCAGAAUUCUGCCACGGAGAGCGCGGACAGCAUUGAAAUCUACGUCCCUGAGGCACAGACCCGCCUUUGAGCAAAGGGAAAGAGGAAGGAAACACGUGUUUUUCUAAAUCAUUAAAGAGGAAAAAAAAAUUCUCUCUAAACUUAGUGUGAUUUAUUCGGUCUAGAGACGCUGAGCCAACCUGACAAAGGGCUCCCAAUUCGGCUUUUUUUCUCUCAGCUUUAAGUAAUGAAGAUUUUAAAAAAAUCCCACACACAACAACAACAGAAAUUCCCCCUCUUGUUUUCCUCUCACUGGCUGUGGUGUUGCUGAACAGACUGAAAAGACUCCUGGAAGCCCCAGCCCCUCAGACUUGGAACUUCAAUCUUUUUACUUGCUCAAUCUAAUGAGAAUUAUUAGCUUGUUUACAAGAAGAGGACGACAAAAAAAAAAAAAUGAAGCCUUGAGCACUUGCCAUGCUGUGUUCUUUCUCCUUCUCCUCAACUCUGUUCUUCCUUAUCCUUAGGGUUUUUUUCUUCUACCUCUUAUUCUGCCGUAUCCACCCCCUCUCUCCCACUUUUUGCAUGGCUUUGUUUACUGUGUUAGAAAUAACCUCUCUUCCACAGAGCUCCUGAAGAGAACAUCUGUUCAGCGUGUACUGGUGUUGCACUCUGCUAGCAAGCAGCCUUUCUUUAUUUUUCCUUUAGUGGGGGGGAGGGUAUAGGGGCGAAGGGCAGCAGGGUUCACAUAUCGAUGUAUUUGAUUGAAAAGGAAGGAGGAAAAGAUCUGCGGAAUGUAAUGCCGAGUUCUUCAUGCAGCCUGGAAGCAAACGUGUGCAAUAAGGUGGCGAUGGGGACAGCGCUUCAUUGGCUGAUUCCAAAAGAAAGCUGGCCCCAUUCCAGGCACAGGAUGGGAGCUGGAAGGAUGAUGUGGUGGAACAAGUGUGACCCCUACACACACACACACACACACACACACACUCUCUCUCUCUCUCUCUCUCUCUCUCUCUCUCUCUUAUUUUGUUUUAUUUUCCUUGAGAAUCACUUGUUAAAGCAGUUGCUACACAGUGGGGACCUGUUUCAAGGGGGAGGAAGGGUGUAAUGAUAGGGUAUUUCUGGGUGGAGGACUGGGUUUUCUACAAAAAGAAGGGGGAGGGUGGCUAAUGGCAGGCUGGCAGCCGGCCGACCUGUAUGUAUGUGUACAUAUGCACAUAUACACUUACUAGGAUCUGUAUAUUUAAUGCAUACACACGUAUACAUACCCAUACACAAGUGCAAGUGGUGUAUUAAAAGCACCUCAGUGAGAGUGGGCGUAUGUAUAGCAUAUAUUUUUACAUGUACUAUAUCUAGAUGUGUGUAAAAGUGUGUGUAAAAAUAUAUACCCUGUGUGUAAUCAGAUUAUUUUUCCUUGUAUCCCGUGCUUUUUUUGGUGAGAGGGAGGGGUUGCUAAAUAUUUAAUCCUUUUUAGCUCCUUCUCCCCCCUCACGCCUCCUUUUCAGUUUAGCUUCUUGGAGUCGGGACUGAAUGCCAGCGUCGCGUUCUUUCCACCCUUCCCAAAACGAACACUUGCCCCCAAGUUGAGCAAUCAUGUUGUUUGAGUGGAGAGAUCUUGUGUCAGUUUCAUGUGGGGGAAAUCCCAAAGGAAUUUAAACCAGGGUGUUGGUGAUCAAAAAGGCAAAAACACAAAAUAAAAACCUAAAUCCUAUCUAAGUGAACACUGUAUACUGUGUUUAUGCAUAUAUAGUAUGACCGAUUUCUCUUCCUGUCCACCUACCAUAUAGAUCUCGUAGCCUGGAAUGAGAACCUGUGAAAGUUUGACCAUAAGCAAAGUGGCUCAGAUCCAGCAUUGGUUUUUAACUUUGAGUAGAAGAUGUUGACUUGCUGGAUUUUUUUUUUAAAUAAGGCUUUUUAGAGUUUCUUAGCAUUCUAAAGUUAGGAACAUGUCGAAUGUGAAUUCAUCUUAAUCAUGUUUCCAAAGGUACCCAGACUGCUGGGGUACUGUCCCCAAAGCAGUUGUUUUCUGGGCUCUGUCUUGUGGGCUGCAGCCUGUUAUGCUGAGCUUCUGAAAAACCUCUUUAAAUUGCGUGGGGACCAUUCACGCUGCCUCAGUCAAUCAUACCUGCUCCACUGCACAAAGAGUUUCAAGCCUAUUCCCUGGGUUCUGGCCAGGCGUAAUGAAGCAGGGCACUCGUACCUGGCUGACACUAUCAUGGGUUUAUGGUGGGUAAGAUACAUUGUCAGUGUCUCAAGCCAUGUUAAAUAAUCAGAAGCAAGUGGAUGCCUCUCUGCCAGACUUUCAUUAUAUCAGUAUCUCCUUACUUUCCUGGAGGAAUAAGGUUUAAUAAAGCAAGGACAGCUGGCUGAUAAAAAAUAAAACAAAAUUCAUAACUAACCUGAGUUUAUAGCUCUGAUCUUUUUUCCCCCCCUUAAAAAAAAACACGACUAUAUUCUUGGUUUUUGUUUUCUUAAUGGGCUUCUUAACUUCUAGGGCACAGUUGAGUUCUUUAAACGACAUGGACAUGACUUCUCUGUAAUAUCUGUAAACUGAUGCAAUAGACUGUGGGUCUGUAGACGUACUGUCUGUGUGUGAUUGUGCACUAAUAUAUUUCAGUGUUCACUUCAAUGGUUUGAAUGCAAUCUAAAUCUCCCAUUUCUCCAGCAUACCCCAUAACCCCCUGAGAGCCAGUCAGCAGCUGGGGAGAUCUAAUUUGCACAUGCCAAUUAAUUUUUUCCCCCCCAAUAGGGUGACAAGGUAGCAACAGACCUACCUCCUAAUCUAGAGCACAGCCAUUGACCUUGAAAUAGGCUUCUGACAGUGAAAGGGGAUGGUCUCACCACCUCUUCCUAUAGAGGAUUAUCCUUGAAUCCAGGAAUUAAAUUUAGUUUUAGAUGUUAUGAAGAUACGAUUAUGUCUGAGGAAGGGGAUGCAAAAUCCAGCUGGCCCCUAGGCAAGGGCAGCAAUACAUCAAACCUGAUAAAUAAACUCGCUCCUUGUGCCUCCCGCAGGCCUGUGCUGAUCCCUGUCAUUUUGACUAUAAACACCGGGAGGCGGGAAACCUUGUUUCAUCUUGGGACUCGUUCUGGUCCAUUCAAUGCAGAAAUAGUUCAGUUUCAGGUGUCCUUACCACUCGACCAGUCUCAUUUUCCCCAGUCAGCCCCGGAAGGGAAAGUAGAUACAACCUCUGUUCUCAAGGUAGUGGGAAAAGAGGAAAGACUGUUCCCAGCCUCUGAUCAGCCUGAUAAUAUAGCAAUAGCGUUAGUAAUUUGGGGUGGGAGGGAGGGAGAGAGAGGGAGUAAUGCUGAGUAUUUUUCCCUUUCACGGACAGAUUACUGAAAACGAGGAGCUCUAAGGAAACAGUCACAACUGAAGUGAUCGGAAUUACAGGAAAUCUAUAGUGGUUAUGAAAAUCCUAAGCCCAAAGCCUAUUUCUUGAAACUGUGCUUUAAAAAGGUUUCUCUAGCUCUAAUUAUCUAAUACUAUGUGGAUGUGAUUUUUUUUUUUAAAUUGUACAGACAGUGCUACAAUUAACAUGAUCUUGAAUUGUGCAAAACUUCCCGCAAUGAUCUAGCCUCCUUUACUUCACUUUACCUCCAUGGCAGAAGUAAGAAGCUGUCUAGCCCCAUGUUUGUUAGUCUUCCUUUCGUUUUUUUAAAAAAUGUGACUCUAAUUCCACAGGAAGCCUUGAAAGUUGAAGCCUUGUACCUAGACUGACGCCCAACACUUUGUAAUGUGAACCUUGCUGCCAUUGUAGACUAGUAAAAAGAUGACACCUUGUUGGUGCCUUUCUGC